ACGCACCAGGCUAUGAUACCCAAGUACGCGUCCGAAAAUGCCGCCCCUGGUCUUGUUUUGCGGGUUCAGAGAUAUUGAGGAUGUCGGCUCGUUUUUUCGUGACCAGGCGCUUGAGAAGGGACACAGACUUUUUGAGAAUAAUCACGUCUACGCUGUGCGAGAAGAGGACGGCGUAGACAUUACGGCCAAGUGUCACUCCCAACAGGGGAAGCACGUGUACGACGUCACAAUCCGGUUAAACCCACAGUCCCGGAAGAUCAUCACCGGGUCGUGCACCUGCCGGUACGGCGUCCUCGGUGAGUGCAAACACAGCGCCGCUGUUGUGCACUACGUCAACAAACACGAAGUUGCCGCGUGUACCAGCUUGCCUCAGGCGUGGGGGAAGCCCUCGAAAAAGCCGAAAUUGGAUGACAAGGCGUCGAUAGCCGAUCUCUUUGGAGGAAACCGCAGCAACACCGUGAGGAAGCAACAACCACGAGAGAUGCCUCCCAGCUACAUCCUUCGCCACUUUCCAGACAUCGAAACUCCAUUCACCGACAUUUUGCGAAUGAUGGACAAAAACCAGGUGGAAUUGGAGUGCUCUCAGACCAUGGAUGACAUUCUAGACCUUGUGGUGGACAAUGUGCAGCGGUCCGAGGUGGAAGAACUUCUACAGAACGUUCCGCUUGAGCCUUCGUGUGGACAGGAGCUGGGGGACUGCUUACACCAACUCACAGAUGCUGAGAGAAGCUUCUUUCAAAGAAGAGUUGCAUGUUCCGACAUUCUGAGUCUCUGCAUGGCGACGCUGGCACAAUCCAAGUGUGCACGGUGGUACCAAGAACGCAAAAUGCGGAUUUCAAGUUCAAAGGCGCAUACUAUCCUCCGAACCAAAAAGACCCCACAGGAGCUCGUCUCAAGCCUGAUGAACGAGGAAAGCUUUACAAGCGAAGCAACAUCCUAUGGCUUGCGGACUGAGCCGAAGGCACGGCGAUUGUUUGAAGGAAAGGUUCGGGGCCAUGUCACUGAGGUGGGCCUGCUUGUCCAUAAUGGUAAGCCCUGGCUCUGCGGGAGUGCUGACGGGCUCUUCGGACUGACCACUGGCACCGUGCUUUUGGAGAUCAAGUGUCCUAGCAGCAUAAGGAACAGCCUUAUCGUUGAUAUCACCCGGAAGGUGACAUUUGUCAGCUACUUAGUAUAUGUCGACGGCAAGCUAUGUCUGAAACAAUCACACCGUUACUACACGCAGGUGCAGGUGUUGAUGUAUAUUCUGCAUUUGGAGGAAUGUUUCUUUUUUGUAUACACCAGUGUCGAUAAUGUCACCCUGCUCGUCACCAGAAAUGACGACUUCCUGGACACCGCCAUCCCAACUCUGCAAGACUUUUAUUUCGAUUGGUAUUUGCCAGCCCUUGCACGCAAGUACCAGUCCUAAAUAGACCAUUUUCAGAAAUUUCCAAAUAAGACACUGCAUGUACUGCAUUCAACAUGUACUGCAUUCAAGGAACCAGUGAAAUAAAAAGUUGUACCCCUGCUUCAAUUUGCUCGAGUUCCAACUUCUAAGGCGUUGAAAAAUGCAACUUUGCUAUGAAAUAUCUUCGCAACUUGUACAACAAGACAUGACAUGCCACACAGGGAGGCCUCGUAAGAGCAGUGUAUGGCCGAAGUUAUCUACUAAAAAGUACUUACACAGGCACUGAGGAAGAGCUGGCUUCAAAAAUGCAAUGGGGGCAGGUGUACCAUCUCGGACAAAAUGAGCUACACCACCAUUGGACCUUUAUGCUACUCCUGCGAUCUCCACAGGAUGAAUUCUCAUGACUGAAAAUGCAAACAUUCUUCAUAAUCCAACCGUUCUCUGGAUGAGUGUUUUUCCGCUCUUCUGCGACGUGUUGCUUGCCGCAGAAUCUAGCAUGAGGUGCUGCGACUAAAGAGAGUGCUUCUACUUUCACGGCGCGUAUCGAUUGGUAUCGCCUGAGCAGCCUUUCAAACAAAAUUAGCUUACUGUUCAAGUUGCCUUGCCGUGACUAUCGCAAUAUGAAAAGAGCAAGAACUCACCGCAUUCAAAAAUCGGACUCACUACUGGCCAGCGAUAUGAGCCACAAAGCCACAAGCACUAACUCUGGCCGUUGCGUCGCAGCAGAAGUUCGUCACCAAUGGCACCUCACGCCACAGCUGAUAAACUGCUAAACAAGGCGGCACCUCGUGUCAGAUUCAGUGGCAAGCACAGCACCGCAGAAGAGCGAAUGAAAACACACCCCUGCAAGUACAUUAGAACGACCAAGCGCUCGGAGUGCGAAACAACUAAUGCAAACAAGUUAACAGUUUUUUCUUCCUCUCUUGGUAUUGAAUGGCUAUCAGGCAAAACUAGUGUGGUGGAAACAACACAGAGACUUGCCCUUUAAAGGGAUUCUUCAACCAAAUUUGAAAUAUACCAGUCGUGGUCAAAACUAGGUUGAAUAUGAUCCACAAUAUCCGUGAAUGACAAUCGCACGUUUCUAUUUUGAGCCUGGCCCACUCUGGCAAGCACUUGGAGACAUAGACAGGACGACUGCAUCAGAUCCCCAGCGGAAACAGCCAGCGCAGAGCAUGUGACAUAGGUCGUCUUGGGACGAGCAAAGCUACGGCGAGGCUGACAUCGAGAGGAAUGCCUAGUCAUUCCAGCCACCCAAGCAGCUGCUUUUGUACGAAUUUUGAGUGACGGGUUAAUCUUCUAUAAUCUUGAAGGGGGACAAUAGCGACUUUUGGGACACACAAAUGGAAUUCUCG